GCGGGGCGGCCGGGGCGGGCGGAGGCGGCGAGCGCGGCCCCGGUCGGACCGGGCGGGAGGAGCGGUGCCGGGCCAGAGCGGGCCGGAUCGAGCGGGGGCGGCCGGGAAGGGCGGGGGGCGGCACCGCCGCUGGGCUGUGAGCAGUGGACGGGGCGCGGCGGCCGCAGAGAUCUCUCGCGGCGGGCAGCGGAGAGGGAACAUGGCGAGCGUAGGAAACGGCACGGAGGAGAGCGGCGGCGGCGGCGAGGAGGAAAACUUCGAAGAUGCCUAUGAAAACAUCCCUGUGGCAUCCAAGAUGGAUCUCAAGUGUGCUCUGGAAGAAUGCUCAAUGGCACUGAACUUAUUUCUAAAUAAUAAGUUCUCUGAAGCGCUGGAGCUGCUUCGUCCAUGGUCCAAAGAUAGUAUGUACCAUGCACUUGGAUACAGCACUAUUUUAGUUAUGCAAGCUGCAAUGACCUUUGAACAGCAUGAUAUACAAAUGGGAAUUUCUACAAUGAAGGAUGCUUUGCAAACCUGCCAAAGAUUCAGGAAAAGAAGCACAGUGGUGGAAUCCUUGUCCAAUCUAGUUUCUAAACAGACGGUGGAUCAGUUGAGUGAAGAGGAAAUGCAUGCUGAAAUCUGCUAUGCUGAAUGCUUAUUACAGAAAGCAGCUCUCACCUUCGUACAGGAUGAAAAUAUGAUCAACUUUAUCAAAGGUGGUCUCAAAAUUAGGACUAGUUACCAAAUAUACAAGGAAUGUCAUCAGGUGCUACAGAUGACUCAGGGGAACAAAAGCAAAAAUGAAACAUACUACCAGUUUGAAGGAGGAGUAAAACUUGGAAUUGGAGCAUUCAACUUGAUGCUGUCACUUUUACCAGGAAGGAUCCUUCGACUUCUAGAAUUUAUUGGAUUUUCUGGCAAUAGGGAGUUGGGCCUCUGCCAACUACGGGAAGGCGCAUCUGGCAGCAGUUUGAGGGCCAUUCUGUGUACUUUCACCCUGUUGGUUUAUCAUACUUACGUCUCCUUAAUCCUUGGUACGGGGGAAGCCAACCUUCAGGAAGCAGACACUCUCCUCGAGCCCUACCUCCAUAAAUUUCCAAAUGGUUCCAUUAUUCUGUUUUAUGCUGCCAGAAUAGACAUUCUGAAAGGAAAUUUUGAAAAGGCACAAUUGAGGUUCCAAGACUGCAUAGCAGCCCAGCAGGAGUGGAAACAGAUUCAUCAUCUCUGUUACUGGGAACUGAUGUGGUGCUACACCUUCCAGCAGGACUGGCUUCAAGCAUAUCGGUAUGCAGACCUGCUCAGCAAAGAGAGCAGGUGGUCUAAGGCAAUAUAUGUAUUCCAGAAGGCAGCAAUUCUGUGUAUGCUUCCAGAGGAUGAUUUGAAGAGGACUGGUGAGGACAUAGUGUCUUUAUUCAGACAAGUGGAUGGUCUAAAGCAGAGAAUUGCAGGAAAAUCUAUCCCCACGGAGAAGUUCGCAGUAAGGAAAGCUCGACGCUAUGCAUGUCCUGAACCAGUGAAGCUGAUACUACCUGCCUUGGAAAUGAUGUAUGUCUGGAAUGGAUUUGCAAUUGUGGGCAAAAGAGCAGACCUCACUGAAAACUUACUGGUAACAAUUGAAAAAGAAGAAACUGCUCUACAAAAUGAAACCAAUCACAAUGAAUACUAUGUGGAUGAUGUGUGCAUGUUGCAGCUACUGAAAGGCCUCUGCCUGAAACACUUGGGAAGACUCAUGCAAGCUGAAUUAUGUUUCAGUAAAGUAAUUCAAAGUGAGAAGCAAAUAAAAUAUGACAGUUACUUGGUGCCAUUCACGCUGUAUGAAUUGGGUCUUCUGUACAAGCAACAGGAUGAGAGAGAAAAAGCAAUAAGAUACAUAGAAACUGCAAAAAACAACUACAAGGAAUACUCUAUGGAAUCCAGGUUGCACUUCAGAAUUCAUGCAGCACUUGACAGCUUGAAGGUGUCACCAGCUUCAACACCUUAAAAUGAGGAGGGAUGCUUUUCAUGCAAACAAUAAAUAGCCUACACAAUCUUUUUGCAAUCUUUUUUUAAUCAUAGAGAAGAACAUAAUGAUUGUUUUCUGUCACUUUUGAUUUGAUGUAUGCUAUUCCUUUAGAUGUUUUCUCUAUAGCGCCUGUACUGUAUCUACAUGCUGUUUUAAAGAAGACCUUAUAUUUUGUUUGAUAAAAAUAAUUUCAUAUUUGACUUGAAUGGGGGAUAUUUUUAAAACAAAGGUGAUGGUGCAAUAAAGUUUAAUGAAAAUACUUUAUUUUUUUUAUAUUAGAACAGAUGCAGGUUAUGCAGUGGAGCUGGUGAUAAUUUCUGAAUUUUUUGAAAGUUUGAAUUUGUGCAGUAUGCUUGAGACAUUUUUUUUUUCCUCUGGAACAAAAAUGCAAUAUCUGCAGAUAACCUUACCCACAUUUUUUGGCAUACCAUACUCUGAAACUUGUGUUCCAGAGGAAAGAAUUAGUCAUCUUUGACUUAAUUUCAUUUUGGGAACAAAAUGAACUUGUCUGAAGUGCAAUAUUUUUACUCUGUCAGAUGAAGCUAAGGAGGGCUUCAGAUGAAGCUAAGCAGGGCUAUAGUUAUAAUGUCUUUGCAGGUCUGUUUCAUUCAAAAGAAGUGCUUACAGGGGAUAUUUUUCACUUGUAGAAAAGCAGAGCUACGAAGGACAUUAUGUCCUUAUUCUAAAGUAGAAUCAGCAGUCUUAAGUUGAUCCUGACAGAUUUAUUUCACCUGUUUAACACAAAAAAAAAAAAAAAAAAAAAAAAAAAAAAAAAAAAAAAGCACUGAGAAAGUCAUUUAGUAAUUUUGGAACUUACAUAGGAUGUCUUUCCCAGUGAGAAAAGACUGGGAAAUUAUGCCUGAUGUCUACCCCAGAUAAUUCUUGGCACAACUGAAACUGAUUGUUUCCCAUCUUCCCUGUCAUGGAUCUGGAGAAAGGAUUGUUCUUUUCAUUUUUGAAGCAAUCAUUUAAUGUUUGUAGACUAGCACCCUAGUUGGUAUUCUCUGUUCUUAGAUCCCAACCAAAGUAAAUAAAAAGUUAGUGGAUUUAUAUAUUUUCCUAAUAAUGAGUUAUAAUUCAUAUAAGCAGAAGUUGAUUGCAUUUCAAAAAGCAAAUCCACUUUUAAGCUUGCAGUUAAGAAAAUGUGUGUAUUCUAGUACAAUGUCUACCAAAAAUGUGCAGUAAAAUUGAGAUACUUAUAAGUGCAUGCAUUUUUCUUUUCAUGCUUAUAAUCAAACAGCAGAAUCAAAUUGAAUUUCCCAUUUAUUUAGAUACACAGAUUUUCUAGCUGUCUGUUCUUAAAAAUAAAAAUAUAUUUGAUUUAUAUUUUAAGUAUACACCUGGUAACUCUUUUCACUAGCUAUUGCAAAACUUGAAAUUUCCAUAUUUUAUCCAUGUCCAGUAUGUUUACUUCUGCACAAUAAAUUCAUAAUACCUAUGCUCAUAUAUGUGAUUUGCUGCCCUUAGCUACCAUCCAAGCAAAAUCAGUAUAAAAGAAAUAGGUGAAAAAUAUGUCCUCAGUAAAUGAGUAACUGAAGUUUCUAAUUAGUCAAUAUAAUCUAAAUGCUACGGCAGUUCUCAGGUUACUGAGAAAACAGCUUUCUUCUAUGACUAAUAAAUCAUGGGUUCAUUUAAUUGCUUAUAAUUCGGUAAUACAGUGGUGUUUUUACAGAAGUAAGAGUUUAAAAAUACUAGCUAAAUAAAUGUAAGGGGUCUUUUAAAAUGGAAACCUGAUCCAAAGUCUUUCUUUGUUGGUUUGGAUUUGUGCCUAUUGUAAAUGUGCAAGUAAUUGUGUAAAAUUAUACACAUGAAGGUCUGAAGCUUAGAUACCCAAGACACUGAAUUACAGAUAAAAUAAGCAUGCUUAUUUUCAAAUAUAUUCAGUUAACUGUAGUUAAACUUCAAAACAGAUAUUAGAUAUGCUGUCAACUGACUUCUAAAGAUUUUCCCAUUUAUCCGAUUGUAAACUGUAGUGAGCAUAAACUCAUAUAUUUUCAGAGUAUACUUCUAAUGGAUCUGUGGGCAUUUUAUGUUCAGUCUAGGAUUAUUUUGGUUUAAUCUGAUUAUUGGAUUGGGGUCUGAUUCAUUUUUCUGUGGAAGGUGUUGAGAACAAUUGCCAGUAAAACUUCCGUAAUUUGUGUUCUAAAUAGUACUUCACUCUAGAAGAGUUAUUACUAGACUACAGACUCUCAGAGCAGAGCAUGAUGUAGUCUCUGAUAUCUUGUUUUUGUGGGGAGUGUUUUACAGCUAGUAUUUUAUGGGUAAUUUGAGAUAGAAAUCAAAACUUAAAAAAAAUUAUCUUCUUUAGAAACUGAUUUUUUCUAAAUUUAGUACAAAGCUUCAAGAAACAGUGUACUUUUUUCCCAGGGGUGAUGACUUCAGUACUGAGUGAAGAGAAACAAACAAAAAAAUGUUUUCUUCAGUUCAACCUUCCAAAGGUAAUAUUAGUUCCCUGUGUAUGUUAUACUGUGUUUCUUUUGGAAUCAGCCUUUUUGCACUCCUGCAGAGAACAGUCUCAUCAAUGUAGAUUUGCAGUACCCUCUGUCAUGAUUUCAGGACCCAAUAUUAAGUGCUAUUUAGAGUUUGUCUCAUUGCUGUGCUGCUGUUCCAAACUUUGCUAGAAAGAUUGAUUGAUCGAUCAGGAUUCUUAGCUUUAAGCUUUAUUCUGGGCAUUGUUUUUCCAUGUUAUUAAAGGUGGAAGCAUAAAUGUGUGAGAGUGAUUUGUAACCCUUCAGUUAAGGUAGGUCUCCACAGAACUGCAAGAGAUGCUUAAUUUUCCAAAUGCUGCAGAAAAGUGCAUGUUUUCUUGACACGAUGCAUCAGUGAUGCAGUAUUAUUUAGGACAUUGUGUCUGAGUUAAGUGAUUUCUGUUCAAGAGUUCAUUCAGACAAUCGGUCUGUGGCUUUUUUUUUUUUUUUUUUUUUUUUUUAAAUCUGUAUUCUGUACUGGGCCUUAAAUGCAGCUCUGAUUUGGUCUUAACUGCUGUUCAUAAUAUUUACUGCACAUGCUCAUCCUCCAUAGCAGUUUUGAAUAUUGUGCUGAGACUUAACUAAGCAAAGCUGAUCACUUACCUCUGAUGCUAUAGCCUCUCUGGAUAAUAGUAGAAAUUAUAAUAUAUACAAGAGCAAAUUUAAUUUGUUAGUUUAAGCAAGCAAGCCUAAGCUUACAGUUACAUUAUGAUAAAAGGUCAUUUAGUUCUUUCUGAUAAUAGAUCUAUUUUUUUUUUUAAGGUAAGCAAUAAUAAUUAAUUAGCCUGGUUAUAGGACAAAGCUUCUCUUUGAUUAAAAAUUGCCUACUUAGAAACAAUUAUAAAAAACUUGUCUGUGCAUAUCAAUCAAAUGUUUAAUCUGUUGAAAGAUCAUUGUACUAUGGUUUGUAAGUCUUUAUUCAUCAGUUUUUGACAGAAAUUGAAAGCAAAUAUAUAUGCUAAAAUAAAGCUGAUGCAAGAUUGUUACAUAUCUGUUCUAAUACACGUGGGGUAGCAGAUGUGUGUAGCACUUUCUGGGCCAAGAAAUGUACAAUAAUCAGAUCUUGUUAUGUUUCUAAAACACCAUGCAAAGUAAUGUGUAAAACAUGUAAUUUCCUGUAACAAUUUCAACAUUGCAGUUAUUUUAUUACUAAUCUUAAUGUUUCAUGUCUUCUGUUUCUGUAUAUCCUUACACUGUCUAGUUCAACAAAGAAUGUUUAUAUUUGCCCUGGUGCUGCAGUUUUUUGCUUCUAAUCUACUAAGGUUUGCACAUGUUCUUAUCUGGUACUUUAUGAGAAAACAACGAGGGCAGAAAAACAGAAAAUGAGGAAUGAAGUAUGUUCUAUUUUAAAGAGCAUAUAGAAAUGUUCAUUGUGAUGCACUGGAAUGGAUAUUCACUUCAGACAAAUAAAUCACAUACGCUUGUGCCACCGAGUGCUGAAUUUGGCACUGUAUUCUAAUGGUACAUCAAAAAACUUCAGCUGAGAUUUACCAAAGCAUUAUCAUCAAAAAAGUCCUGAUCUCUAGUUUAAAAAUGCAACUUUUGGUGUAGAGCUCUUAUACAACCUGUCCAGACUGAGAGGUUGUACAAAGCUGUCAAAGUCUAUUGGGUGAACAAAGGGUCUUUUGAAUGUAGAUAGCAAAUAUAAAAUAAGCUACAGGGGUUUUUUUUGUUUGUUUGGGGAAUUUUUGUUGUGACGCUGGUGUUUUCGGAUUAUUUUUAAAUGGUGUUUUGGGUUUCAGCUUGGUUAUUUUUUUUUCCUUAAUCUGGUAAUAAAAGCUACAGGACAGCUUCAUA